CAGCGGGCGGCGGCGGCGGGAGCCCGGCCCCGGCCCUGGUCCCAGCCCCGGGCGCGGUCCCGGCCCGCGCGCCCCCGGCGGCGCCGCUCGGCCGUGCCGGUGGAUGCGGCCGGGCCGCGGCGGGACCGACCCCCCCGCGAUGUCGGACCCGAGCUGCUGGGGAGCGGCUCCGCCCGGUUACCGGAGCCAGCGGGCGGCGGGCGCCCUGCUCCAGCGCUCCAAGAGUUGCCGAAGCAGCAAUAGGAAGAGCUUAGUGGUGGGCACCCCCUCUCCGACACUCUCACGGCCUCUCUCCCCGCUCUCUGUGCCAACAGCUGGGAGCAGCCCCUUGGACAGUCCACGCAACUUCUCUGCCAGCACCUCCAUCAACUUCCCAUUCGCUCGCAGCCAUGCUCCUCGGACUGACAGGGCUGAUGGCAGAAGGUGGUCACUGGCUUCGCUACCCUCCUCUGGCUAUGGGACCAACACCCCCAGCUCCACUGUCUCGUCAUCUUCAUCCUCCCAGGAGCGUCUGCACCAGCUGCCGUACCAGCCCACCCCCGACGAGCUGCAUUUCCUUUCUAAGCACUUCCGCAGCACGGAGAGCGUCAUGGAUGAGGAAGGGCGGCACUCGCCUUGCCUGCGCCCUCGGUCCAGGAGCCUGAGCCCUGGACGGACGAGUGGAAUGUUUGAUAAUGAAGUUGUGAUGAUGAACCAUGUCUACAAGGAGAGGUUCCCCAAGGCCACAGCCCAGAUGGAAGAGCGUCUACAGGACACCAUCACAAACUUCUCUCCGAGCAGCACGCUGCCGCUGGCAGAUGGGGUGCUGGGCUUCAUCCACCACCAAAUCAUUGAGCUGGCCCGUGACUGCUUGGCAAAGUCCCAGGGAGCUCUCAUCACCUCCCGCUACUUCAUGGAGCUGCAGGAGAAACUCGAGAAGAUGCUCCGAGAUGCUCAGGAGCGUUCAGAGAGCGAGGAGGUGAAGUUCAUCGACCAACUGGUGAGGAAGCUGCUGAUCAUUAUCUCCCGUCCUGCUCGCCUCCUGGAGUGCCUGGAGUUUGACCCGGAGGAGUUUUACCAUCUCCUGGAAGCUGCAGAAGGACACGCCAAAGUUGGCCAGGGAAUAAAGACCGAUAUUCCCCGAUACAUCAUCAGCCAACUCGGGCUUGUCAAGGACCCACUGGAGGAGAUGGGCCAGCUGGAUCACUUCGACAGCGGGAACACCAUCACGCCAGAGAAUGAUGAUGCCUGUGAGAGCCAGCCUUCAGCCACCGCUCCUCGGAGGAAGCCCUGUGAGGGUGACUUUGAGACCAUCAAACUCAUCAGCAAUGGGGCUUAUGGGGCUGUGUACCUGGUGAGGCACAGGGAGACACGGCAGCGCUUUGCCUUGAAGAAAAUCAACAAGCAGAACCUCAUCCUGAGGAACCAGAUCCAGCAGGUGUUUGUGGAAAGGGACAUCCUCACCUUUGCGGAGAACCCCUUUGUGGUCAGCAUGUUCUGCUCCUUCGAGACGAAGCGACACCUCUGCAUGGUGAUGGAGUAUGUGGAAGGGGGGGAUUGUGCCACGUUGCUGAAGAACAUGGGCCCGCUGCCUGUUGACAUGGCGAAGAUGUACUUUGCCGAGACCGUUCUCGCACUGGAGUAUCUGCACAACUACGGCAUCGUCCACCGGGACCUCAAACCUGACAAUUUGCUCAUCACCUCUAUGGGCCACAUAAAGCUGACAGACUUUGGUCUAUCAAAGAUCGGCUUGAUGAACAUGACUACGAACCUCUAUGAAGGACACAUGGAGAAGGACACUCGGGAGUUCAUGGACAAGCAGGUGUGUGGCACUCCGGAGUACAUUGCCCCAGAAGUCAUCCUCAUCCAGGGCUACGGGAAGCCCGUUGACUGGUGGGCCAUGGGCAUCAUCCUCUACGAGUUCCUGGUGGGCUGCGUCCCCUUCUUUGGAGACACCCCCGAGGAGCUCUUUGGGCAGGUUAUCAGUGAUGAAAUUAUGUGGCCAGAAGGGGAUGAAGCUCUUCCUGCAGAUGCCCAGGACCUGAUCACCCGGUUGCUGAGACAGUGUCCCCUGGAACGCUUGGGCACUGGGGGUGCACACGAGGUGAAGCACCAUUCCUUCUUCCUCCACCUGGACUGGAACGGGCUGCUGCGGCAGAAGGCCGAGUUCAUCCCCCAGCUGGAGUCGGAGGAUGACACCAGCUACUUUGACACUCGCUCUGAGAGGUACCAGCACUUGGAUUCAGAGGAUGAAGAAACCAACGACGAGGAAUCAUCUGUGGAGAUCGGGCAGUUCUCCUCCUGUUCCCAUCGCUUCAGCAAGGUGUACAGCAGCUCCGAAUUCCUGGCGGUUAACUCCAACCUCAGCAUCUCAUCCUCCGACCGGAGUCACAACGAGGACAAAGAGGACAGGCACUCGGGAGAUGAGGACAAGAGCCGGCUGGUGGGCACUGAACCCCGGCUCCGCUCCUGGACAUCCUGCAGCUCCACACCAUACACCUCCCGGCACGAGCGGAGCCGCAGCCCCACUGCGCUGCCCAGCACCGUCAGCCUGGACACCAUGCCCAAGUUUGCCUUCUCCUCAGAGGAUGAAAGCCCUUGCGUGGCAUCCUCCAAGCCGGAGAGACCCAAGUUUGUGCUGGGAGACCCUGACGCAGGCACUGGUGGUGUGGUGAAGCCGUCGGUGUUAUCCGCCGACCUCGUCAGCCUGAACCAUAUCCGCCUCCGAAGCAACAGCACCGGCACCAAAAACCCAGCUCCACGGGGCCUGGAGCCGGGUGGGAGCCGUCGGCUGAGCAGCCAAAAGGAUGUGCCAGACAGACAGCGAGCCUCGCCGGGCAGCCGCGUCCCCAAAUCCGCCUCUGUCUCAGCCCUGUCCCUCAUCAUCACAUCAGACGACUUCGCUGGAGGUGCCCUGAUGAGCCCCAUCUCCCCCCACUCCCUCUCGUCCAACCCUUCUUCCCGUGAUUCCUCCCCAAGCCGAGAUUCAUCCCUCGCCAUCGCCAGCCUGCGGCCCCCCAUCAUCAUCCACAGCUCGGGCAAGAAGUACGGCUUCACCCUGCGCGCCAUCCGCGUCUACAUGGGCGACAGCGAUGUCUACACCGUGCACCACAUGGUCUGGAGCGUGGAAGAGGGGAGCCCGGCGCAGGAAGCAGGGCUGAGAGCAGGUGACCUCAUCACACAUGUGAAUGGCGAGUCAGUGCUAGGUUUAGUCCAUCGGGACGUCGUGGAGCUGCUGCUGAAGAGUGGGAAUAAAGUGGCCCUGCGGACCACGGCCCUGGAGAACACCUCCAUCAAAAUCGGCCCCGCGCGGAAAAACAGCUCCAAGACCAGGAUGGCACGGAGGAGUAAGAAGAGCAGGAAAAGGGACGGCCAGGAGAGGAGAAAAUCCCUUUUCAAGAAGAUCUCCAAGCAGUCGUCGGUCCUGCACACCAGCCGCAGCUACUCCUCCGGUCUCCACCACUCGCUGUCCUCCAGCGAGAGCCUCCCGGAGUCCCCCACACACAGCGUGUCCCCGGGUCCCACGACACCAUGCCGCAGCCCCGCUCCCGACCUGCCCCCAGAUGCUGUGUCCCCACAGAGCACCUCUCCCUCCUCCAGCACCCCAACGUCACCCGCCGGCCACGUGCGCCCCAGCUCUCUGCAUGGGCUGGCACCCAAACUGGGUGGGCAACGCUACAAAGUGGGACGUCGCAAAUCCACCAGCAGCAUCCCCCCCUCGCCCCUCGCUUGUACCCCUUCUUCCACCCAGCGCCCACCUUCUCCACAACGCUCCCCAUCUCCACUCCCUGGGUACCCCAAAACCCCUCAUUCCUUCCAAGGAAAGACCCUGUCCCCCCCCACCAUCGUCCGGCAGAGCUCACGGCCCCGCAGUGCUGAUUGCCCCCGCUCCCCGCUCCUCAAACGUGUCCAGUCAGCUGAGAUCGUCACCAUCCUGGUGGAGAAGAAGACCGGCAGUGCCCGUAAGCUGGGGCUGGAGAUGCCCACGGUGGAUGGGGAGGCCAUUGGGGAGGGUGAAGCACCGGUGUACACCGGGGAGCACGGUUAUCACCCCAUUGCCAGCUCCCGGCUGGGGGAGAGGCACGACCGGGACCAGGAGGUGGUGGUCAUGCGACGCUUGAACCUCUCGGAGCGCCGGGACUCCUUCAAGAAGCAAGAAGCGGUUCAAGAAGUGAGUUUUGAUGAGCCGGAUGCAGUGUCGGCAAGUGAAGACAGUGGCAAGAGCGAAGCCGGGCAGGGUGGUGGCACCGAGAAGCCAAAGCCCAGCUCGGUCCCACAGAUCGCGGUGCAGGGCUCCGAGAGCGACGAGCAGGAGGUGGCGGUGGCCGAGUGGGAAUGUCAGGGCUCCUACCCCAUCCGCAACACUGAGGAGCCCAACAGCAGCAUCUCCUCACCGUGGCGGGAUGGAUGCGAGCACCAGGACCAUGGCUCCCAGCAGCACUGGAACUGCAGAGAGGGAGCAACUGGCCACCGGCAACCACUGCGGAGCCAGGGGCCAUUGGGUGCUCAGCACCCAGCACCCCGGAGCAGCGCAUGGAGCGGGACCAAGCACCCUUGAGCCCCCACGCCAGCACCCGGGGAUGGUUCAGGCUCCUCACAGCAUCCCACCACCUCCCGAAAAUACCCAUCCCAUGUGGUAUAUCCAUGACAAACGUCCCUGGAGCCAUCCUGGACGCCAGCGCGGGCCGGGCUGUGGCUGUGCCCUAGCACUUGGGCUCCCCCGAAGGCUUUUUGUACCCCUCGAGAGAUGCUCUUAUUUUUCUAGAGACGCGGGAGCUUUGCUGGUGGCGACGUUUCCCUGGCAGGGCCCCAACCUUUGUGUAUAGAAAAGACUCGAUGCAAAUAUUCCUCAAUUAAUUUAUUACUUUUUAUAAGCUAAACGGGCAGUGCAGGACCGGCGCAGGGUCCCACACGGCCCCGAGCGGCCCCAGGCUUUUCCAUGCAGCUCCCAGCCUGACCACAUGCUGUUUUCUAACCUUGCAAAGACCCACUCGCUUCUCCCCACUUUUUAACUUCAGUUUCAGCUGGAAACACCCCAAAUCUCCCGAGGAACCCCCGUUGUGAGGGGGGGAAACUGUAUUAGUUAAAAUGAAAAAGCCCAAAACAAACCCACAGUAACAUUCCCCAGUACUGGCACUCCCAGCUGGGAUGCAGAGGGGUGAUUUUAUUUGCAUAUGGGUUCACCGUAUGAUGAUGCAGAUGGUUUAUUUAUCAGUGUAGAGCGGAUGUAAAGGUUUUAAUUUGUUUAUUCAGAGUCUUUUGGAGCCCCCCCAGCUCCAUCAGCCUUUCCAAGUGGGAAAAGCAGAGACCUUCCCAGGGGGGUCAGCAAUCAGAUGCAAAUAUUAAUGGGUUUUUUUAGGGUUGGCUUUGCUCUUUGCAUCUCUUCUACCAGCACAUUCCGUGGUGUCCAUCAGUCAGUGCAUACAGACAUCCAUAAAAAGCCAGUAUUCCUGGCAGCGCCUGUGCUGCUGCUUCAUUUGGCAUUUGGAAUUCCCCCCCCCCUUCCCUCCUGUCGCUUUUUGUCUGACAAAACUACGGCUCAACCCAGCAUUUCCCUCCCAUUUCUACUGUUUUCUAUGAUAUGAACGUUCCCGUUUGAUAAUGCAUGUUCCAGCUUCCCCCCCCUCCGCUGCCGUUUGCUGCCCUGGUGCCGGUGAUGUCCCCCCCUGCCAUCGGGCAUCACUGUGCCACCACCACUGGGCACAUUUCCUACCCUGGAGCAGCGUGUUGGAUUAUUUUGUGUGCCUGUGGUUGGUGCCAGGUCCCGUCUCCUGCUUCUCCCGUUCAAACCGGUGCCGUUUAACCCCAACAAAUGAGCAGCCGGAGCAGCUCGGUAUUUCCUUUGCUUCUUCCUCUAGUGUCUGUACGAAGGUCUGGGAAGGCAGUGGGGAUUUGGGGAGACAUCAGGCACCCCCUGCACACCAGCACUGUGGGAAGGGGGCUUGGCCAUGCACCAGUGGCAUGGAUAUGGUGGGAGAAGGAAUUUCUUAAUGGAAAAUGUCUUGAAAGCCAAGGGGACCGUGUCUUCCUGCACAGUGCCCAGCUCUGCUCUUACCUUCAACAAAGUUUAUGUUGUAUUAAAAUUGUUUCUUGCAA